ACRACUUCACAGCGUCUAAUUUUUUAGCACGUGUAUUUGCGUUAUUGUUAUUGAACCAGACCGGACGCGGAGGUAGGAGACAGUUGUCUUUCAAAUAAAUAACUACACAGUCCACCAGUGUCCAUAAACAGUAACAAAUCAUGAAACAGCUGCCUGCAGACACCGUGAGGCUUCUGUCCAGCUGUCAGGUCAUCACCUCUGUGGUAAACGUGGUGAAGGAGCUGCUGGAGAAUUCCUUGGAUGCUGGUGCCUUGAGUAUUGACAUUAAACUGGAGAAUUAUGGUUUUGAUCGAAUAGAAAUCAGAGACAAUGGCUCUGGCAUCAAAGCUGCUGAUACUGCUGUGAUGGCUGUGCAACACUACACCUCUAAGAUCUGCAGCCACGAUGACCUGGAGCACCUGGCGACAUAUGGCUUCAGAGGAGAGGCCCUGGGCUCCAUCUGCGCUGUGGCAGAGGUAGCUGUCACGACAAAGACGUCAGAGGACGACGUCGGGACCCAAUACACGCUUGACCUCACGGGAAGUGUUGUUUCCCAGAAGCCCUCUCACCUAGGGCAAGGUACCACAGUCUGUGCRCUGAAGCUUUUUAAGAAUCUCCCAGUGAGGAGGCAGUACUAUGCCAACACGAAGAAGUGCAAGGAGGAGUUGAAGAAGGUGCAGGACCUGCUCAUGGCCUAUGCCAUUUUAAAACCAGAGCUGAGACUCACCCUCAUUCACAAUAAGGUGGUGGUGUGGCAGAAGGCCAAGGUGUCCGAUCACAGGAUGGCUCUCAUGGCUACACUGGGGCCCAACGCUGUGGCCCACCUGCUCCCCGUCCACCAUCAACAACCAGAGAUCGUAAUUGAUGGAUUCUUUCCCAGACCUGGUAUGGAUUGCUCUUUAGCAAGCUCCAGUAACCCCGACAAAACAUUUAUCUUUGUGAAUGAUCGACCUGUCCACCAGAAGGAUAUCCUGAAGGUGGUCCGGCAGCACUUCCUGGCUCAGUACCCGGCAGACUCUGCCCUCAAUCGUUAUCCCACUAUGAUGCUCAAUAUCACUGUUCCCGCAUCCACUGUAGACGUCAACCUGACACCCGACAAGACCCAGAUUCUGUUCCAGAACAAGGUGGCUGUGCUGGCUGCAGUGGAGACGCUGUUGGUUUCCUUCUAUGGCCCUGGGUUGGGGUCUGCCGCUGAGGCUCCACCAGUCACUGAAGAAUAUGAUGGAGGCAGCGGCCUGCAUGCUGGCCCAUCACUGGGCGACUGUAGGGGAAACGCUGACUUAGAGGACAGUCUUGCGGAGCACAGUGUCAGACUGGCCAAAGCUCCAUCUGACUGCAGUGAUGGCCCUCCAUCCAGGGUAGUGGCUGGUGACCAGACAGCAAACACUAGCUCCUCCUCUUCCUCUGAAGACUGGAUAGUCAACCUAAAUCCAGGGGACUUUGACCUGGAAUUUCCACAGUUGGAAGAUUACAUGGCUUCGACUGGCACCGGGACAACAAAUCCAGGCACGGCCAAAGGCCUGGAGAGGCUCGACAACCACGACCAAGGUCAUGACAAAGGCAAAGACGUCGAGSAGUUAUCAGCAGUGAGUUGGAGCCGAGGAACGGCUCUGACGGACCCCUCCACAGGCGAGCCGUUGCAGCCCGUCAAGGUCCACCUGGCCACCGGAUGGAGCAGUGACCUUGGCCAGGUCAAGGCCAAGGGUCAGAGCAGCCCUGGCAAAAAGGUGUCCAACGCUAUAACGGAGAAACGGGCGGCGCUGACGGCCUACGAUUUGAUCAAUAACCGUGCCAUGAGGACCCCCCUGUCCCCUGCCGCCCUGUUUGAGAGGGAGACCYGGGCAUCGGUUCUCCAGGAGAAGCCCACAGCCAGCCUCCAGGACAUCACCACUGCCGUGCAGGAGAGAUGGAAAAACCUGGGGGAGGAGGACCGAAAGAAGUAUGAGGAUAAGGCAAAGAAACACCUGGAACGCUACGACCUCCAGACCAAGCUGGCCUCUGAUCGAGAUGUGAGAGAGCCCGAGAGGCGGCUCUGUCUGGCCUCCCCGCUGAGUCGGCCCCAGGGCCAGAAACGCAAGGUCCUGCCUUCUAACCAGCCGGUCCUAGACCAGCUCUUCUUUUCCCAGCCCCAGAAAAAGAGGAGCCCUGGGCCAAAGCCCUCACAACCCCUACCGUUCAGUGUGGUUACCCUCAGGCAGCGGCUUCAUCGCCUCUCGUUCCAGAGCAGCCCAAGACCUCAGGGCCUCCGGCUUGUAAACCGCUUGGCCUCUCAAAGCGCCUGGGUCGUUUUAUGUGGUAGAAAGCUCAUGUUGUUAAAUCCAUUUCGGGUGGAGGAGGCCUUGCUGUUUAAGAGACUUCUGGAGAAUAAUAUACUUCCAGCAGCGAGCCUGCAGAACCCUAUACAGUUAACAGAUAGUGUCCUAGGGGGUGCAGAGUAUACUCAGGCUCUCUGUACAAUGGAGAAGGGAAGUCCUGAGCUGAGAGGAAUGGCCAUCUUCUCUGAUCCCAGGCUUGUGGCCAACGGGUUUCAAAUCACACUCACUCCAGGGUCCUCGUCCACUGAGAGACAUCUGGAAGUGACAGCGAUGGCCGAGUGCGUGCCUUUCCUCGGUAUGGAGGACCUCAGGGAGAUCCUUACAGCUGUUCUGCACAGGAAUGCUAAGACCGUGCAGGAGUGCCGGCCGCUAAAAGUCACCAACUACCUUCAGGGAGAAGCUGUUCGACUGGCCCGUCAGCUGCCUGUGACCCUUGCCAAAGAGGAUGUGGAGGACACACUUUUGCGGAUGCAACAGCAGCUAGAGGAGACCAGCCAAGCCUGCAUCCAUGGACAAGCCUUUUUCCACCACCUUUCUGACAUUCCUGACACCGAACAAGAGGCGCUGAAGAUCAUGUCCAAUAUUUUGUAGCUUUCUUACCUUUUUGUUACCUUUUCCAUGGAAGUAUAGAGCUAGUUAAAACAAACCCUGGAUAAAGUGCAUUUGGAAAGUAAUCGGACCCCUUGACUUUUUCCACAUUUUGUUACGUUAGUCUUACUCUAAAAGGGCUUAAAUUGUUUUUUGUUCAUCAAUCUACACACAAUUCCCCAUAAUGACGACGCAAAAACAGGUGUUUAGACAUUUUUGCAAAUGUAU